UAUGAUUGCCAUUAAAUAUAAGAGCGUAAAUUAGUGCUUAUUAAGGCGACAAAAAGCAAGAACAAUUUGCACAACCAUGCAAUCAAACUCCGUAUAUUCGUCUGCUUAUUUCGACUACUUCUUAAGUUGAAACCCCUAAAAUAUGCAAAACACCGUUCCAAAUUAAUUAGGAGGACGGUUCCAUUAUACUAUUUUAGGUUGAUAAGGGUGUAAUAUAAUUAAUCAGACACUCAUAAAGUCACGGAUGAUUGUAUUCUAUAUAAACUGAUGACUGAUAAAUGUAAUUCUAUAUCGUACUUAAUAAAGAUCCUAUUCAGUUUAAUAUAAUGUAAAUCUGGCAUUGUUUUGUUUUAAAUAUUUUUCAAUUUUUGUCAGAUUAACUUUAUCGGGUACAUCUAAAUAAUUAAAACAUGUACUCAACAGAAUGUCAAGCACAAUAUAUACACCUGCACGAACCGAGUUUGCACGUAAGGAAGAUUCAUAUAAGGACAUUUAAGGGAAAUGUCGAACGCUGAAAUAGUAUUACUUUAAUAAUUCUCUUUUUAAAAAGUCGGUACGAUUUUAUUUAUCUUCUCAGUCUCAAAUAAAAGUUUUUGUUGAGUUGGAUAUAUUUUGUCGUUGAGUUAAUUUGAUGCUGAAGAAAUAAGAAGAAUAACAUGGAAGAAAUACACCGUGAACUCUUAAAGAAGAGAAGGUCCUACUUGCUAGAAAACGUUAUCAUGGAAGACGGACUACUUUUAAAGCUGAGGGAAGCGGGACUUUUUACUAAUACGAUGGUCGCAAUAAUACAAACCGAGGACGACCCAGAGAAGCAACUAAACCGGAUGUUAGAAAUGAUACCAAAACGAGGUCCGGAUGCAUUCGAGAUAUUCCUUGAUUGCUUAAAGGAGGAUUACCCAUGGGUCGUCAAUAAUUUCAAAGAAAAGGAGGUUGAACUGAUAAAUUUCAACGCAAGGGCAAAUUCUGAUGUUAAUCCAGAGAUAAGACGAACGGUUAAAGAAUACAUCAGGGAACUAGCACGAACUACGAGACUUAAUCAAGCUCAACAAAGGGCAAUGGAAGACUUUCUGUGUAGACAUAUCACUAUAGAUACAAACUUAACUAACACCAAACUACCGGGAUACAGACUUUAUAAAAUACAUAAACAACUUUUAUCUGUCAUCCCAGUCACUUCAUUUGUCGAGAGCGAUCAAAUGGACCUGAAAGGUACAAUUCCUGAAAACGUCAGUAUUGAUAAGAUUGAAACAGAAGUGCAAUAUAUAAUUGAUAGAGUGCAUGAACUUGAAGCGAUUAUUGAAAGCUGUUAUGAAAAGAUGGGUGAAGAUAGUCGUAACAUUGACCUUCCGGACUUGAUUCAUACCCAGAGACGAUUGCUGCUUCAGAAGGAGAUAGAGAUACAGGAGCUGAAGAAUCAGAUCUCCUCACAGAUCAGGAAGAUGCGGGUAACGGUAGAUAAGGCAAAGAAAGCACAAGAAGCAAAUUUAAAGAACACAGAGGAAAAGGAGGAGUUAGAGAAAUCUCUAGACACGCUUAAAGUAAAGAUACAGAAAUUGCAAGAAGAGAGACAAAAGAUGGCAAUGAAGAUGGCGUUUGAUGGAAAUGCAUCGAUUGGACCAGCUACAAGCACGGCGCCUUCGUCUCCAAGGUCAAAGUCAUCCAGAUCAACGGACACUAUACCAAAAGGUUUAACAAAACUUUUAGCAAGUCGACGACAGAGCGAGAAGUAAUGAAAAGUAACAAUAUUAACUGGUCAUUUUGAUGAAAUUGUCAAAUUUGUCCUGCUUUAUGUAAAAAAAAUCCAAUCAAAACGACAAAAUAAAGGAAAAUGAGACGACAACAACAAAAACAGUCAAAAAACGAAUGAAAUGAAAAAGGUUUAGCAUAUUUUUACGCAAUUUGGAAUAUGCCUGCAUUUGUCAAUGUACUUAGUAUGUUUUGUUUCCUAAUUAAGAUUUGAAUAUUUAUUUGAUAAAAAUAGAAUUCAGUUGAA